GGUCUGUAAAAGCAGUCGGAUAUGAUGCUGGUAAAGUUUUAUCUCUGCGCAUGAAGGCAGCAUCUUCUUCUUGGUGCUGGCAGGGUUGUACCUCUGCGUACAGCUAAGGUGUCGACCGUAAUUCAUGUUGGUGUCAUCCACGACCAAACUCUGCAGCGCAGCGUUCAUAAAUGGGGCGACUAUGAUCAGCUGUGUAACGCCCGCAGUCCUCAGCUGAGUGUGCAGGUUGCAGCGUUAUUCUGCAGCUUCUGAGAUAGUCCGUCGCUCUGGAAUUUGCACAAGGUUCCAUCUAAAAGAAGAAAGUGUGUCUGCAUCAGAUUACAUUCCUGUGUGGUUAUAUGUGUCGCCAUGAAGCACCAAUCAAUCUCCCGCUGGCUGAGCCAACUGGGACUGCCACAGUACUGUCUGGCUUUGGAGCAGGAAUAUGAUGGUGUUGAGGAUUUGCUCCACAUCUCAGAAUAUGACCUCUUGGAGCUUGGGAUCCACAAUCACCUCCACCGCCUGCACCUUCUCACUUCUCUGCGCCUCCUCCAGGAGCGGGAGAGGAGGAGAGAGUUGAGGAUGAUGGCUGAGGGGCGAUUUGCCAGUCUGCCCAGGUCUCUCCAUGCACACCAUUCCCUGGGAGGAGGCACUGCUCACCCUGGUGUGCCCAGCACCUCUCUUGGUGCACCCAGCAGCUCCUCCAGGAGGCUACAGGGCACCCUCACCACCUCCAUGGACCUCCUCAGCUCCAGACCUGGUUUCCCUCAAGGGCACAGCAGCUUAUCAGAAAUUCCCACUACAUCCUACCAGCCGAUCUCAAUUCAUGGUACUCUGCCUCGACGCAAGAGAGGAGGGGCCAAUCACACACAGCCGUUACUUUGUGGGAACACAUUACUGCCUUCCAGGCACAUCCAUCAACCUUCGACAUCUUCACUGGUCCAAAAUAUCAGUGAUGACUUCCAUGGCUACAGGGACCCUGCAGCCGCCCUGGAUGCCGCAGUCGAGUAUGUUAAGUUCUCCAGGGAUCAGUUCAUCCUGGACUGUUCUUCAGAGAAACUUCGCAGAGAGCUCGAGGAAGAGCUGAAGAUGAACUGCGAGGAGCCGAGAAGCCACGCAUGGUACCAUGGAGCAAUUCCCAGACAGGUUGCAGAAAACUUGGUGCAACGUGACGGAGAUUUCUUGAUCCGUGAUUCCCUGUCCAGCCCAGGAAGUUACGUUCUGACGUGCCAAUGGCGAAACACCGCUCAGCAUUUUAAAAUCAACAAGAAGGUUGUGAUGCUGAAUGAAGCUUACUCCAGAGUUGAGUACCACCUGGAAAGAGAAGGAUUUGACAGCGUCCCUGCACUCAUUAGAUACUAUGUUGGCAACAGAAAGUCGGUCUCACAGGUGGUGGGAGCCAUUAUUUUCCAGCCAAUCAACAGAGCUCUGCCGCUGCGCUGCUUGGAGGAAAAGUACGGUUUGUCAGGCAGUCCCCAAGAGGCGGGGCUGAUGGCCCAGGAGAGGCGGGGCCAGAAACGUCUCAGCCUCAACAUUACCAACGGAUACACACACAACAACACACAAAUUGUGCAUGAUAGCACACACUGCCAGGAGAACGGCUUAAUCCGAGGCAGCCAGCUCAGGUCGAAGGAUCGUUGCGGCAGCCAACCAGCAAGUCUCAAUCAAGUCCAGGAGCGACGACGCCCACUCAAGGCGCACCAAUCAGAGAGCUUCCUACCGCUUGGAUCCAAACCCCACCCUCAGCAGUCACCCGACACCCUCCUGCCAAGCCCCAAGUCUCCGGUGUUUCGGACGGGCAGUGAGCCGGUGCUGAGUCCCUCUGUCCCUCGCAGAUCAGCAGAGCCUCUAGCAGGCCAGCCAAUCCGGGGCUCCGACAGUCAGCUGUAUCCUAAACCACCCCCCAAACCCAGCAAAGUGCCCCUGGCACGACUGCCUCGAUCCCCCUGCCUUCAACCCCUGGUGCCCUCCUCCACCUCCACCAUCUCUUCAAGCCUGGCUGCACCUCCUGUAAACUCCCCAUGUGUGGACACUUCUUCUUCCUCCAGGAGGAAUGAAGCCACCACAGGUCCUCCAGUCCCUCCAGUGAAGCCCCAGAAGUUCCAGCGGCAACUCCUCCCUGCAGACUCCCUCAGUUCCUCCAGUUCUAUAGUUUCACCUGCAGAAAGUGUCCAGUAUCCUAACUCACAGACGAUGACGGGACAGACUGAGUGGCUGCAGCCGAGCCCUGCAGACCUAAGAUCCUGCAGCCCACAGGGGUGGGAGCAGGCAAAAUCACUGAGCUCCAUCACAGACCACAACCCUGAACUUCAUCCUCCCUUCUGCAGCUACGUGGAGAGACUGAAGGGGGAAGGAGAGUCGGACAGGGUGGAGGACAAGGAGGAGGGAGGACGGAGAGGGCUGGACAGAAGCUCCUACCAUCACGCCAUCGCAGCCUUAGAAAACACCAGUGAGGAGGAAGAGGAUGCAGGCAGGGAGGAAGAGGAGGAGGAAGAGGGUGAAAAGAGGAAAAAAGUGAGGAGUGGUUUUCAGCGGCCGGUUGUAGAAACAGAAUCCAUUUUCAGGCCGGCAGAGUUUGGGUCUCGACUUCUGCCACCUGAAAACAAACCGCUGGAGAUGGUUGUUCUGAAGAGAGCGAAGGAGCUGCUGCUCAGCCACAAUCACCAGAGUAUAGCCAGACACCUGCUGAUGGCUGACUGCCAGGUUGCCAGGAUCCUCAGAGUGACUCCAGAGCUGAAAGGUCAGAUGGGUGUGUCCUCUGGUCUGGAGCUGGUGACGCUGCCGCACGGCCGCCAGCUGAGGCUGGACCUGAUGGAAAGGCACCACACCAUGGCAAUCGGUGUUGCUGUGGAUAUCCUGGGAUGCACAGGCAGCGUGGAAGAGCGGGCAUCAGCAUUGAAUCGCAUCAUCCUGGUUGCUAUGGAGUUGAAGGACAGUGUGGGCGACCUGUACGCUUUCACAGCUCUGAUGAAGGCUCUGGACCUGCCACAGAUCAGCCGUUUGGAGGAAACCUGGACGACGCUACGAAGGAACUUCACCCAAACUGCCAUCGGCUAUGAGAAAAUCCUCAAACCUUUCUAUAAGAACCUAUAUGAAGGCACAGCCUCCUCUCCUCCACUGGUCUGUGUCCCACUGCUGCUGCCUCUCCUCAUCUUAAUGGAGCGCCCAUCAAUCACACCUGAGGGGGUGGAGCUCUGGGAGACCAGCGACCAGGGCUGUGACAUCAUGCUGCGCCACCUGGAUGCUGCACGUGAUGUUGCUCAUAACGCCCAGACCUACACCGUAAACGCACAAAAGAUCUUACAUGGGUUUCAGUGUGACGAAGACCUGCUUGAAGUGUUUAAAACAGACUUCCAGCUGCGGCUGCUGUGGGGAAGCCGUGGAGCCACAGUCAACCAAUCGGAUCGCUACAACAAAUUCAACCUUAUCCUCACUGCGUUGUCACGGAAACUGGAGCCCCCACCAAAAACCCAAACCUUAAUCUGAUUUUAUCCGAGUAUACACAAACACCCAACUGGAGAGCUGCAGCAAGCCACAACACAUCCGCAAAAUGAGUCUGUCUCACUUUCUUUUGUUUCAUUAUAACAUGAAUCAAGGGUUCACUGCCUUGUUUAGUCAAUUUUAAAUAUAUAUGCCAUUAUUAAAUUAACUCACACAAGCUUUUACAAUCUGUACAGUCGUCAUCACUGUCUGGGGAAACUUCAGGAAGAGUAGAAGAUGUGGUCAGAUAGUAAAGAAAGCAGAGAAAAAUGACUAUAGACAAUCACAAUGACAGAACAGUAGCUGAAAAGACGGUUUCACAGUCCAGUAAAAACAACGUUGCCACCAAGUUUCACACAACAUGGCUACAACGUAAAAACAAAUGAGCACAUCAGUGCAGAAGACACCAAAUAACACUAAACAUUUUAAUUUAUUAUGCAGGCUCAUUCCUGCAGAAAAGCCUCUGUCUCUAUCUCAUUUAUAGGUAAUAAAUUACUCCCAUACAUGUACAUACAGAAGAGACUGUGGGAAACAGUAAAGUUUUUGAGUUUGUCAUUUUGAGAUUGUAAUGUCUUAAUGUAACUAAACUGAGGUAAUAUUGUGAUUUGUAGCUUCUUUAUCAUAAAAAAAACAUAAUAUAUUGUUUAUUGUUUUUAGUGGACUGUGACAACCCAGCAUGUACUGAUCUAUCUAGGACAGGGGUCACAGAUCCCUCCAAGUUUCUCCAAGAAAAAAUGAUAGUUAAAAUGCAGAUUUAUGACAGCAAUGUUGUCGUCAUUAAUUUACUUGAGCUCAGUGCAGAAGGUAAAGCCUUCAAAGGAUCUUAAGAUUCAGAAAUGUAUUUCAAAGUCAUUAAAUACCCUGAUUCAUUUUUUUUUUCUUCUUUAAGUAAGGUAAACAGUCAAAGAGCAGAGGGAGAGGUGAAGCACCUCUAUGGACCAUUCAUACAGCGGUAACAUGUAUCUCAUAUUAUAAAUAACAUGAUUUGGCUGCAUAUUUCUCAAACAUGCAACUUUGUGAUCUUUGACAGAAAACCAGCCGUUAAGUUUGCUGCUGAACUAACAAGAAUUUAAAAAGUCAAACAGUUCAUAGAGAAUCUACAGAUAUUCAUUUCUCAUUUAUGCAGCAGAAAAAAUGCAGAAUUUCUGCAUUUGUGAAAAUUAUUCAUUUUUUGCACAUAAAUGCAAAAUAAAAAAAAAACCCUAAUAAAGCUGUACAUAUUUGAAGCAUGUUAAUAAUAGACUGUACAUAUUUUUGUAGACUGUAAAAAAUAUUAAUUUUAAUGUUUAUAUUAUUAUGAACUUCUGUGGUAAGAUGAAAUAAAUAGUUUAUGAUCUGAGGUUGUCAUCUGGUUUUGUAAAGAGCGAAAUAUCUGCUUGUGCUGAAGACUUAAAGCUAUUAUUUACCUCGUGUGUUGUCCUCAGACUGACUUCCUCUGGUGAUCUUCACACAUACAAAAAACUGCUUUAAAAUCGUUAUACAUAAAACCUACUGUAUAUGUAAAGAAUUUAGCUGAAACCAUCUAACACACUGUAAGAAAACAAAGCAGACUAUCAUCUGGAGCACCUAUAGGAAGACAAACUGAGAAUAACAUGAGUAUUAACACCAGCAACAAGAACAUGAAAAUGCAACUGUAGCUGAUCUACACACCGAGUUCAUUUUUUUCAAAUAAAAUGCAAACGUUACAGGAAUGAUUUCAAACUGUGAGGACAGUAAGGAAAAAAGAAAAAAGCAGUUUUAAUGGAAGUCAAUGAAGCAUUUUUAGCCACAAAUUUCUCCAGAGGGAGUGUCUGAUAGAAACUAAUGCAACCAAAUCUAUUUUAUCAUUGACAUAUCCACAACUCUAAUCACCAUCUCCCUACCAUUUUUUAUUAUAGAGGAAAAAAAUUAAAAAUCUAAUAACUCAAAUUAAACUGGUAUUUAAAGGAUUAAAAUUCUGAAAAUGUUUGAAUAUUUGGUAGUCUUAAGCAGGUCUGAAGUUUAUGUGAUUAAUGGGGAAAAUAAAGGAUUAAAUAUAUGUAUGAUUUUACAGACAUUUAGUGCAUCAUUGGGAUGCAAAAUACAUCAACACUAUAAAGUCGCAAGAAAAAGACACUGGAUUAAAUUUUUUUUUUUAAAUUAUUCAUUGCAUAAAAAUCAUGCUACUAUCUGGAACAGCCUCACUAAAAAUAAAAAAAAAAUUCAUUACCAAAUAAAAGAAAAAAAGAUUGAAAAAAUGUAAACAAAUGCCUGAGGAUGGUUUCUGGGUAAAACGGUCACUGUAGCUAAAUGUGAUUACACAAUAAUUCAGAGGUUUGUCUGAUUACAGCAUCAUGAAUUUCCAGCCUUCACAGAAACAACAACUUUGUUUUCAUUGCUGCUUAUUUUAUUAGAAUAUCUUUAGCAAGAAGAAAAAAAGCAUUUUGUUCACAAAGUGUCUAAAAACAUUCAAAGUAAAAAAGAUGUGCACAACAUGGAGAGAAGUACUGCCAUUGAUUACAACAUGGUAAAAACAGAUUUACAUGUUUACAUCCUAACAUACUAUGUACCUGCUUUUUAUUUUCCUGUAAAAACAAAAAAAAAUGGUCUUUACAUAAAGGUGGGUGUAAAAAGUUUCCAUGAU